AUGGUACUAUUAUCACUGCUACUAUAUUCUUUGAUGUGUGAUAUUCUUCGCUCGGAACUAACAGAUCUGGUUGCUCUCACACUGAGUAAUGGUACCAUUGAGGAGUCGAACUCGACCUUUUUAAGGCUUGGUAAUCACACAUUCAAUGAAGGGCCAACUGAUCAUGCAUUAUAUUUAAAUGGGUCGAUAGGAUUGCGGUUAAGUACUCCGUUAUGGCAAACUUUUGCAAGCAAUAUGCGUGUCGCGUUUACGCUGGAAAUAUGGAUACAAAUAGAAGGUGGACAACCGGAUUCGGUUACCAUAAUUGCACUUAUUGACAUAUGUGGGAAAGAGCGAGAUGCAAUAACAUGGAGGAUUUCAAUAGAAACGGAUUUUAAUGGUGAACAUGGAGCUUGUCUGGCGGUAUCAUUGAUUCCGGAAUUAACACUUGAACAAUAUCAUAUCAGGAAUGGAAAAACCCAUCGUCUUGGUGAAUGGAUUCAAGUAGCAGUGGUAUUUGACUCGCAUCAACUUUUAUUCUACGUGAAUGGAGCACGUGUUGGUAAAUUGGUACGUGAGUUUGGUGCUCUUUAUUCGGAAAUUCGCAGUGCAUGCAAAAGAUUGUAUUUGGCGACGGAUGGGAACCGAUUUAGUCGUGAUGAAGUCAUCGGAUUUCGAGGUUACAUUAGGAAAUUACGCAUAACGGAUCGUUUUAUGAAUCAUUCCGCCCUAAUUCGAGAACAAUGGCAAGGAAAUGUCAUUGAAGAAAACUUCGCAGAUAUCCAUCAAUGGAAACACCUCGGGAAUGAUUUGGGUAUGCGAAAGCAAGAAAUCCCGCGGAAAGAUACACCACAAAAUAUAGAAAUACCUCGUUGUGGCCAAACUGCUUGCGAUAAUCCGACGGUAGUGAACAAUUACUUGCGUCAUUGGAAUUUGCAUGCCAUGAAGAAGUUGAAGUAUCGAGUAGUUGUGAUUAGCGAUGAUGAUGGAAGUAAUGCAAAUAUAAGGACAGAUUCCAUCAUGCGACAACAUGUUGAACUUCUGAAGGCUUUUGCAUCAUAUAACAUUACAUGGGAUCUUGAAGUGAUCAAUAUCCGCAAUACGUCGUUACGACGUAAAACUAUUGUAUUUGGCUGCCAAUCAUCAGCAAUCGGCAAUAAACGCUGUGACAUCGAAUGUCGCCAUGCAAUUACCGGUGAUGAUGGAGGUGAUUGCAAGAUUCAGGCCAAAUGUGAAAGAUGGAUGCUUGGAAAUAAGCAAUGUGAAUUGGAAUGUAAUAAUCGUGAAAACAACUGGGACAACGGAGAUUGCUGCACUGAUUUCGCCCUCAGCGACAAUCGAUUCUGCAUUGAUCCCACUUCUAUCUAUAGACGUUAUAUCAGUGUCGAAGAAUACAAAACAGCGGUUGGAAUAGACAACGAAAAUGGACUGACAGUGCAGUUUGGUGAUUGGAUUGCGAAUGAUUUGGUUGGCUUUUCAACAUUUCCAUGGGAAAAAGAUGUUUAUAGCAAUCAAGGAGGAGUGCUACUUCGUUAUGACCGUUUUGGGACACCUGGACAAAUCAGUAAUUUAAUUCAUGAAAUCGGCCAUAUUCUUGGUCUCUGGCAUGUUCAUCACGGGAUCAGUGAAGUACCAUGUGGUGAUCCAUGUCAUGAAAAAACACCUUCUAUGGUGACCGGUGAUAUGGUAAGUGAUACGAAUCCAACGGUGAAGAAUACAGCGUGUGCUGAUCCAGAAGCAGUUGAUCCAUGUGAUGCAACUCAACGAUUUGGAAAUACACCUUUUCGGAAUUAUAUGAGUUACACAGAUGAUAGUUGCGCCAACACAUUCACUGCCCAACAAAAAGCAAGAAUGCAUUGUUAUAUCGAUCUGAAAUAUACAAAUUGGAUGGUGCGUCCAACGCCGAUCCCGACCCACAUUGUCAUCGGUCCACGGAUCAUACCAUGGCCAAAAGCGAAAUCUAAAGGCGUCAAGAUUGUGUGGGCAUCACCAUUAAGCAGCAUGAAUUGCGGUCCACGACAGAAACGUGUGCGAGAAACACACUGCACCACAGAUAAACGUGUGUUACAAUAUGCUACCUCAGCUAGUUCAUCCGAACCAUUCCAAAUGUCAGGCUUUUGGGGUUCAGAACAAGCUACCGGUACGCUUUAUCUCUUAACCACAUUUCAUUAUGACAAAAGUUCUGUUUUCGUUUCACUUAUGAAGUCAUAG